AUGUUUUUGAAUAAUUUAUCAAUAUAUCACAUAACUCGAAAUUUUUGCUCAAAACCAACUGUCAGAGUCAGAUUUGCUCCUAGUCCGACGGGAUUUAUACACUUCGGAGGUCUUCGAACAGCCCUCAUAAACUACAUUUUUGCAAAACAAAACAAUGGAAAAUUUAUUCUUCGAAUUGAAGACACAGAUCAAUCCAGGGUGGUUAAAGGAGCUGUAGAGAACAUUGUCGACUCUCUCGUUUGGGCGGGAAUCAGUCCUGACGAAGGGGAUCAUUUUGGAGGACGUUUUGGUCCUUACACUCAGUCUUUAAGACUUCCAAUAUAUUCAAAAUAUGCUAAACUUUUACUAGAAUCGGGAAGAGCAUACCGCUGUUUUUGCAGUGAACAUAGGCUCGCAGCCAUUCGGGAAGCUCUAAAAUCCUCUGGAAAGACUUCGAGUUAUGAUGGAUUCUGUAGGACAUUGUCCUCCGUGAUGGAUGAAAGCCCCAAAACGUGGGAUGAUGGACUAUAUGGGGAAAUACGUACAGAUCACGACUAUGGUGAUCAUAUAAUAAUUAAAAGUGACGGAUGGCCGACUUAUCAUUUUGCAAAUGUUAUUGACGACCAUUUUAUGGAGAUUUCUCAUGUUUUCCGAGGCAUAUCAUCUGUCCCCAAACAUUUGUGUUUAUACAAUGCCUUUGGAUGGAAACCUCCCGAGUAUACUCAUCUUCCACUACUUCUUGACGAGCCGACGACAUGUAAACAGUGUGGGUCACUUCUAUAUGGCAUAUUCAAACAAGGUCUCCGAUGCGCUGGUAUCAUAAAAAUAAAAAUAUCUCUGUUUGUGGAAUUAACGUACACAAGCGAUGUCGGCUCAAUAUUCCACACGAUUGUGGAGUUGAUGGACCUUAAACUCGACAACUUAAUGGUGGAUAAAGAAGGCAAUAUAAAACUAAUUGACUUUGGAAUGUGCAAAACACAUAUAAACUUUUCUCUUGGCAAUACAUGGUGUGGUACUCCGGAUUAUAUGUCUCCAGAAGUUUUAAAUAUACUUUAUGUUGCGCAUUUAGAUGUUGAUUGGAAUACCAUAUGGAAAAUCAGUUGA